CUACUCUUUUGUGUGAUUUAAUUUAAUCAUGUUUGCCGCACGAUCUGCUUUACGCUCAGCCGCACCUUUACGUCAAGGUUUCGCUUCAAGUCGUUUGUUCUCUUCUUCCUCAAUCGUCAACAAGAAUGUGGCCGUUUUGGGUGCUUCAGGUGGUAUUGGUCAACCUCUCUCUUUGCUUUUGAAGAACGAUCCUUUGGUCACCGAAUUGCGUUUGUUCGAUGUUCGUUUGGCUCCAGGUGUCGCUGCUGAUGUCUCUCACGUCAACACUCCCGCAAUCACAACCGGUUUCUCUCCUGAAAAUGAUGGUUUGAAGAAAGCUUUGACUGGUGCAGACAUUAUCGUCAUCCCUGCCGGUGUCCCACGUAAACCUGGAAUGACCCGUGAUGACCUUUUCAACACAAAUGCUUCCAUCGUUCGUGAUCUUGCCAAGACUGCUGCCGAAGUUGCACCAAAAGCUCACAUGCUCAUCAUUUCCAACCCAGUCAACUCUACCGUCCCAAUCGUCGCUGAAGUUUACAAGAAGGCAGGUGUUUACGAUGCAAAGAGAUUGUACGGUGUUACCACUCUUGACGUUACCCGUGCAAGCACUUUCUUGUCCGGUAUCGCAGGUCUCAAGCCAAGUGAAGUCAUCGUUCCAGUCGUUGGUGGUCACUCUGGUGUUACAAUCGUUCCUCUUUUGUCUCAAGCAGGAUCUGCUUCUUCUUCCGUCUCUGCAGGUGAACAAUACGAAAAGCUCGUUCACCGUAUCCAAUUCGGUGGUGAUGAAGUUGUUAAGGCAAAGGAUGGUGCAGGUUCAGCAACUUUGAGUAUGGCUUAUGCUGCCGCCGUUUUCACAAACUCUCUCUUGCGUGCCGUUAACGGAGAGAGCGGUGUUAAGGAAUGCGCUUACGUUGAAUCACCUUUGUACAAAGAUCAAGGAGCAACCUUUUUUGCAAGCCCAGUAAGCUUGGGCAAGAACGGUGUCGAAGACAUUCACCCAAUCGGUAACAUCACCGGUGAAGAACAAAAGUUGCUCGAAGCCGCUUUGCCUGAACUCAAGAAGAACAUCGAAAAAGGUGUUUCAUGGGUUGCUGAGAACCCUUAA